GAGGAGUGUGGGAGUUUAAGGAUAGCGACGGCUGCGGUUUGUGGCACUCUUCGGUGGGACUGGCGGAUGAGGAUGAGGUGCUAUGUUCAGCUUGUGCUGUUUCUGCAGUGUCUGGGAGGCUCGGGCUUUCCCCUGUUUGACGUGGCUUCUAAGGCCGAUGGCGCCCUGCAGAUGGCCAUGGAUGAGAUCAACACCAGUUUGUCCCAGCGCUACCUCUACAGGGUGUUCAAGGCCUCCGUGACCAAAGUCAUUCCACUUGGGCUGAACACGUACGACCUGAUCCUGGCGUUUGGGAUAAGAGAGACGGACUGCGUGAAGGGCUCUGGCCUCGACCCGCAGGGAUGCGCCUACCGGAGAGGCUUCUUCGUGCCUGACUCAGGUUGCUCCAUUCGAGUGCGCGUGACUGACAGUAGCACCACCAUCCAGUCCCUGAAAUGCAGCCAGACACAAAGCUCCAGCUCAGAGUCCAGCGAGGAGUGGCAGCCUGGGUACCGCAAUCCAAAUCCUGCUAGAAGACCUGUAGCUGGGACAGCAGCGCCAAGGAUUGAUGUAGCUCCGCGGCUGGGUCUUGGUCGUCAUAAUGACAACACCCAGAUCCGCGGGGAUCAAUUCACCAGUUACCUGGAGUAACCUUGGCCUGGGCCAGUACUCAUGGAGCAGCUGAGGAAAAGAGCAUGCUGAUCUAGGAUCAGCUUUUCUGAUGUACUGACUUCUUUUGCUGUAUGCUAAAGAACCAGAACUGAUUCACAAACAAUAUUCUUGCAAUGAUUAAUGAAUGCAGAUUCAGGGAAAUAAAGACUGAUGUUUUGAAUUGGUAAAGAUUCAAUGCUAAAAGAUUUGCUACAAGUGUUUGCUACAAAUGUUUUCAAAACAGCAUUGUGAACAACUACCCCUAGCUCUUCUUCCACCUGAACAAACAUGAAAAUAAAAUAUAAUUUGGAUUUGA